UCUAAUGUUCUAUACAUUAAGCGAAGUCCAACUGCUCUUUUGGAAGCUCUGUCUGAAACGGUCGGCGUUGACACGACAGCACCUCAUUUCGCAUUCAUCGAUGAUCCUGCUACAAUACCAACUACUCAGCAAGCUAGGAAGAACUAUUAUUUAGCAAGGGAACUUGGCCGUCGAGCCGCUAGGCAGCUGGCAGCUGAAUGGCCGACAUUGUUCAUGUAUGAUCGAGAUGAACCAAGACUGGAAGCUUUCAGGCCGAAAGCUAUACCAGACCCUUUGCAAAUGGAAGCAAACGAAGAAAAUUUGUCGGAAUUAAUCAACAUGAAAGAAGUCAUCAAUGCCGUUAAAUUGUACGAACGAAUUCGUGCCGAAAAUAUCGAAGUCUCAUCGGAAUUACAAGUUAGUGAUAUAUAUUCGGCGUUGUUCAGUUAUAAUAUAUUAAAAUGUUCCAUUCAUAUAACUUCAUAUAAAUCUUGA